AUGGAUGCUCACGUCCAGCCCGACAGGGUGCGAAAGCGUCGGCGCCGCACAAUGGCCUGCACCCAGUGUCGCUCUCGCAAGUUGAAAUGUGACCGCGAAUAUCCCACCUGCAGCCGCUGCCUGAAGAGCAAAACUCCGACUAAAUGUACAUAUGAGGAUGGCUUUCUGUGGCAGCAACCCACUACCGUGGGAACUACUGCAUUCGCUCCCGACCGCGGCUCCACUGUGUCUAUGCACCAAGGUGAUCAUACCCCCGCCGAAACUCCUCCAGAUGCGGAGAUAUCCAAAGGACCACCUCGGCCGGAGCCUUUCAUACCCAGUGAGCCCACUCCGAGUCAUCCAUUACACCACGUUCAUCACGGUCUUUCGGGCCAUGCCCUUGCGCCGACCUUCAGGGGCCAUCCGCCAGGUAGAGAGCGACGUGACUGUUUCUUGGAGACCGUUCUUGGGGCCCCAAAAGCUGCUGUUAGGCAAGAGCCCCAUGUCAACUCGGGCUUACUACAACGCCGAAAGCGCCCAGCUCCAGAUUUUGACAUGGAUCCAUCGUCGCUGGCCGAUGAUGAUCAUGAGACAGAAGAGGAAAUCUUGUCGCCGUCCGGUCAGCUUGAUCUGUCCCCUCGUGUGAUGAUGAGAGGUCGCGAGACAAAGACUCGCUUCAGUGGCUCUGGAAUCUUUGCCAAUCUUGUAACACAGUUUCCUGAUCUCAAAUCUUUCGCUGAAGAGGUCAAGCUAUCCAAUCCUGUUAUCACGCAGAUCCGGCCUGACCUAGAAAGAGUGAAGCGUGGUGUUUGGAAACGCGUGCCGCUCAACACGCCUUUCCCCGAGCCUACCACAGCCUCACUAGUUGCGAUGCUUCCCUCUCGUGGGGUGGUAGAUGAGCUGAUCAGCCUUUAUCUCACCUACAUUGAGUCAACUAACCGAAUCCUACAUGUCCCAUCCUUUUUAAGGGAGAUUGACGCAUUCUGGGCGAUGCUAGAUAGCCCCACUUCCCUCUCUGCGGGCUUUGCAACCCAGCUAUUGUUGAUCCUCGCUUGCGCAUGGAACCUAGCAGACUUUGCUACUCUCCAAUCAAAAAAUGUGACGGAGCUCAAGUGCUAUACUGCAAUCGAAUGGGUCUUGCACGCUGAGCGAUGGAUCGAGAACUUGCAUAACAAGCGGCCGGAAAUUCACACAAUGCGGCUUUCUAUUUUGUUGAUUAUGGCUCGCAAUUCACAUGGGAUGAAACGCAGCCAAGCUUGGCUUGCAACAGGUACUCUGGUUAAGCAGGCGAUGAUGGCAGGAUACCAUCGAGACCCGGGCCGAUAUUCCCAAAUCUCGGUCUUCAAUAAAGAGAUGAGGCGGCGGAUAUGGAGCACAAUAGUGGAAUUGGACCUGCAAGUUGCUUUCGAUCGGGGAAUGCCUCCGUCGGUACAAAGUUUCGAUUUCAAUGCGACCCCAGCAUUGAACAUCCACGAUGACGAGCUCGAUGAAAAUACCACCGAAGUGCCUGAGAGUCGACCGUUGAGCGAAGUCACCGACACAUCAUUCCAGUCUAUUCUGAGUCGAUCAUUGCCACUUCGUCUUCAAGCUUGCUCGCUUAUGCACUCUCCGCGGAUCAGCUGCCGGUACGAGGAUAUCCAGCGUCUCGACUGGGAACUCACCAAAUACCUUGCUCGGAUUCCCUCCUGGGAAUCAGCAGAGCCUCGCGACAUCGUGACCCAGCACAAGAUCCUCCUGUGGAAAGCUUUGAUUGAAAGCAAACUCUCGCAAUCGCUGCUCUCGAUACACACUCCCUUUGCUAUUGAGGCGCGGCGGGAAGCACUUUUUGCACCCUCAGCUCGGUCUCGCCUGGACGCUGCUACCCGAAUAUUAUCGACUCAGCGUCGAAUGCACGAGACUUCGCGAUCUCUCUCGCUGUGUACACUUGGCGAGUGGACCAUUCACGCCUAUCUUUCGGUCUGCCAGUUACUCCACAAUUCAGAACGUGACCAUGGUGCUCCCUUCCAUCCCACAACAUCGGCAUCCAUCAUCCACAAUAUACCAGGUCUCAACGAAUCAAUGAUCUCGCUUGUGGAAACAGCUCUCAUCUCACUGGAGGAGAAAUCUCUCUUGGUCACCAAGGGCGCCAAGGAUUACUUCUUCCUGUCAACAAUCGUCGCGCUGGUCAAAGCCCACCAGUGGCCAACCCAAGCAAUCGUAUAUAAGCAACAAGUCGUCGAGCGGAUCCUAGCAUUUGCGCAAGCUCUCUUCUCUCGACACGCUGGGUGCGAGCACCUCGGUCCACCUGGCAUGGGUAGUUUCAAAAACAACCAAGUGGCUGCCUUCACAUCGGCCCCAGCAAUGGUGCCUAUCAUGCCGAAUGAAUUCGACCCCAGUGGCAUGCUUCCACCACCACAUCUAGGUGUUACGCCGCCCGGUGAAUUCGAUCCCUUCCUGGAGAUAUUUGACUGGGAGGAUCUCACAGGCAUGACACUCCCAUGUUAA